AAUUAUUGAAAUUAUUUAAAGUAUUUAUUCAUUGUAGUUAGUGAUAAAUUCACUUCACUUCACUUCAAUUCAAUUCAAUUCAAUUCAAUUCAAUUUUUCUAAGAGGAUCUAUUCUGAGUUAAUCAUAAGAAUCCUAGUAAUAAUAAUAAAAUGGAUGGAAUUAAAAAGAAAAUGAUUGCAAUGAAAUUAGAAAAGGAGAAUGCAAUGGAAAGAGCAGUACAAUAUGAAGAAUUACUUAAAAAGAAAGAAGAAGAACGUGAAAAAAAGGAAAGUGAAAUUGCUGAAUUAAAUACUAAAAUGAAACAAGCACAAAUUGAUUGUGAUGAAGCACAAGAAACAUUACAAGAACAAAUGAAUAAAUUAGAAGAAACUGAUAAACGUGCUACUAAUGCUGAAGCUGAAGUGGCAGCUAUGACUCGUAGAAUUCGUUUGUUAGAAGAAGACCUUGAAGUUUCUUCAAGCCGUCUAACUGAAACAUUGACGAAGUUAGAGGAGGCAAGUAAAACUGCAGAGGAAAGUGAACGUGGACGAAAAGACCUUGAGAUUCGUUCAAUUGCUGAUGAUGAGCGGCUUAACCAACUGGAGGAUCAACAAAAAGAAGCCAAGUAUAUUGCCGAGGAUGCAGACCGUAAAUAUGACGAGGCUGCACGUAAAUUAGCUAUUGCAGAAGUUGAUUUUGAGCGUGCGGAAGCUCGUCUCGAAGCUGCAGAAAGCAAAAUAGUAGAAUUGGAAGAGGAACUACGAGUUGUUGGUAAUAACAUGAAAGCUCUUGAAAUUUCCGAACAAGAGUCAGCCCAACGUGAAGAAAGCUAUGAGGAAACAAUUCGAGAUUUAACAGAACGAUUGAAGGCUGCUGAGCAAAGAGCAACUGAAGCUGAACGUCAAGUAUCUAAACUACAAAAUGAGGUCGAUCAUUUGGAAGAUGACUUAUUGGCUGAGAAAGAACGAUACAAAGCUCUUAGCGGUGAACUGGAUCAAACUUUCGCAGAACUUACUGGUUAUUAAUAACAUGCAGUCAGGAUAUUCUUUACCGUUAUCUUCAUUUUCAGAAAACGAGACUGGUCGUAAAAAUAUUAUUAACCUGUUCAAAAAAUUAAAACUAUAUCUUCAAAUCUGUGCUCUAGAGAGUACUAUUAUGUUAUAUUCAAUUUGCAAUACUUCACUUCUGCAAAAUAUGCUUUUAUUAUUUGUUACUACCUACACCAACUUCUUUACUGUCAUCCCCCCUCCACGUACCCUCUUUCAAUCUAAACAAUAAGAUUUUAGGCGUUUAUAUAUAGUAGCCUAUCUAAUCACUGCACUGAACUAACGAAAUCAAUAAAAUUGUUUUCCCACA